UCGUGGCUAUGGCGCCACAGCUAUGGCGCGCGCGCGAGGUAAUGUGGAGGAUAUUGAUGUGGAAUUGACUUGGCAUAGCUAAGGUAUGUCGGGAUCUCGCCUGGUUCCCUUGGAAUCUGCCACAUCUCAUCGCAAUUGCUUCUCAAAUUCCCCCUUCUCGCUUCUUCUUCCUUGAAUUUCCUUUCUCGCGGUGGAAAUUUUCUUCCCCGCUUUUGAUCUGAGAAAGGAUGUAUGGCUAUGGCUGUACGAGGAUAGGGGAGGCCCUGCCCUUACGGGUGCGCUCACGGGGCGGGCCUCCAAAUCGAGUGGAAUAAAAUCGGCUCUUUGUGUCGUGGGAGGGCCGCCAGAGUGAGAAUUGGUGCUUGGCGGCCCUCCCCCUUGGUGUCGUGUGUCGCCCACUCUCUCUUUUCCCCAGUGGUUCCAUGGCUCUGGCCGGAUCAAGCAAGGAGUUGGGCGAUCUGGAACUUGGGCGAGUUCUAGAAUUGAUCUAACGAACUUGGGCGAGUUCUAGAGUGGAUCUAGAAUCGUUUUGAAGCAGCGAGGACAUCUUUCGCGUGGAAUGGAGAAGGGGAGCGUUAGAUCCACUGGCCUCUUCGAUCGAUCGGUGGGGAUUGCGAAAGCAAAGACUUUGACCAAAAUCUCGGCCAGAGAACCAAAGUUUGACCUUUCAACCAUUAGAAAAUAAAAAUCUGAGAUGCUUUCAAUCUUGGCCGUCGGCGCCCGUGAACCGCGGAUAGUGACAGUUGGUAUCAGACGGUUGCGAUUUCGCGCCGGGAAGAGACGCGCAAACAAAAUGGAAGAGAAAAGAAAGAGAAGAGCGAUGCGAUGAAGAUGAUAGCAUUGGCAUGCCACGAGAAGAAUGCCAAUCACAGCAGCAGCAUGGUGGAUCGUUACUGGACAUCGUCGCUCGUGAUCUGCCCCUUCGUCGACUUCGCAUUGGCCUGCCUCGUCCUGGCGAUGGCGACGCUGUUCCUCGUCUCGAGAAUGACGCAGCUUUGCAGCAGCCUGGCCUCGUGCUGGUCGGGAACAACAGCCGCGGAAGAACACGAUCGCUGCCAAGAGCACCACUCGUUGUCCCAGGACAAUGAUCACCUGCAGCAACAAGUUACUCGCUACGAAUCGCAGGAGAGCACGCGAAGUUGUCUCACCUGUGAUCGAAGCGGAAGGCUGGAGGGGAUUUGUAUCAGCUGCAUCAUGCGGGUGCUGGGACCUCGAGCGCAGGAAUCCAGCGGCGGGAGUGGUGGGUUGUUCUUGCAGGAGAUCAUGAUGGACGCGGCGGCAGCGGCAGAUGGUAGGAACCUGGUCACUGUUUCAUCUGCUCCGGUUUGUUCGUCGAGCGAUGGCUUAAGGCGGCACGUAGAACUGCUGGUGGACAAGCUCCAGCUGAGGAUCACGUCGUGUCCGCCGGAUCGAGAGCAGCAGAAAGAGGCUCCUUCUCGGACUUCUUCUCGAGCUUCUCCUUCUCGGUCUUCUCCUUCUCGUUGCGAGUGCUUGAGGCGGGAGGGAGAUGGCAAGGAGAGGUGUGACUGCUCAAAAGGCCCUGUUUGCAAGGGAGCUUGCGAGUGCUGGAGGACGCGGGAGCGGGAAGACCAUGGCGAGAGCUUGGAUCCACACCAAGACGAGAGCUUUUCAUCGACUGGUGAUCGUCCCGCCAAUGCGGAAAUCCACCAGGAACAGGAAGUUGACGGAAAGGAGGCAUUGAAAGGUGAGAGGGAGGAGAUCGAGAGCCUCUACUACGAGCUGGAGCAAGAGAGGAACGCGGCGGCGGUGGCUGCCAAUGAGAGCAUGGCCAUGAUCACGAGACUCCAGGAAGAAAAGGCGUGCUUGCUCAUGGAGGCGCGGCAGUACCAAAGGAUGGUGGAGGAGAAGGCUUUCCACGACCACAAGGCGAUCACUAUACUCAAGGAGAUGCUGCUCAAGAGGGAGGCCGAGAAGACGGUGCUGGAGGAGGAGAUUGAGAUCUACAGGCGAUCGAGCAGGAGUGGCAAUGGGCAAGAGCACAGGGAGGAGGAGGCCCCGGGUGGUGGUGGAAGUGGCGGCGAGAAGAGGAAGAGCUCGAGCGAGGAGGAGACGUCUGCCACCAUCAAGGCCGUGGAGGAAGAGCGUCUCUCGGUGCUGGAGCGAGUAAAGAGGCUGGAGCAGCAGCUCCAGCUCUUGCGAGGGAACGAGAGCACUCACCCGGGCCACCGAAGAUCAUCCAGGGCCGGAUAGCAUCGAUCGAAAGUCCUGGAGAGAAAAUUUUCCUCGUCAGGAAGGAAUGCUAUGGAAUUUCUUGCUUACCCGGAAAGAAGGCUCUCGGUAGAGAUCGUCCGGAAGGAAUGCUAUGGAAUUUCUUGCUUGCCUGGAAA